AUGGCGUCUCUUAGGGCUACCCGAGAAACUUUAUUGUUCGCGUACUGUGACGAAUGUUUGGAUGACGUGGAAUUGGUGGUCUUAAAUGAACUUAACACUUCAGAAAACCUUGACUUUUCCUAUGAUGCAUACGAUCGGUUCAACCUCGACGAUAUGGACGAAGCCAAGUGUAUUGCCGAAUUUCGUUUUGAGAAGCGACACAUUCUGCGAUUAGAAGAGGUGUUACAGAUCCCUCCUGUAAUGAAGUGCAAUCAGAGGUCGGUUUUCACUGGAACGGAAGGACUGUGCAUGCUUCUGAAAAGGCUUGCUUACCCUUGUAGAUACUCAGAUCUUAUUCAUCGUUUCGGCAGACCAGUUCCGGUCCUGGGCAUGAUUACCAACGAGGUUAUAGACUACAUAUACAAUACCCACCAUCACAAGAUAACUAAUUGGAAUAACGAUAUUCUGAACCCCGCUGCGCUGCAAAUGUACACAGAUGCAAUUUCAGCAAAAGGAGCAGCCUUAGACAACUGCUUCGGAUUCAUAGACGGCACUGUAAGACCGAUUUCUAAACCCGGUGAACGACAAAGAGUGAUGUAUAAUGGCCACAAGAGGGUCCAUGGCAUCAAGUUCCAAUCCAUUGCACUACCAAGUGGCCUCAUUGGUAAUAUGUAUGGCCCGGUCGAAGGAAGAAAACAUGAUACAAGUAUGUUGACAGAGUCUGGUCUCUUGAGGGAACUGCAGCAGAAUGCAAUCUCACCAGCUGGGCAGCCUCUGUGCAUCUAUGGGGACCCUGCAUAUCCACUAAGGAUGCAUUUGCAGGGUCCAUUCAGGAAUGCCCACUUAACUCCUCAAAUGCAGCGGUUUAACAAGUGCAUGAGUGAAAUUAGAGCAUCUGUUGAAUGGCUAUUUAAUAACAUAAUUAAUUACUCUAAGUUUCUUGAUUUUAAAAAAAACCUUAAGGUCGGCUUAAGUAGUGUAGGGAAAAUGUAA